GAAUGCGCUACUGGCUUGAUGUACCCAUGAGGGAGGUAACUUUCUUUGCGGUCUUUUCGGGUACGGUCUGUGUGCUACAAGGUUUGGCCAUUCCCAGCUGUUUGCUGUUGAUCCUGCGACGGCUGAAGAACAGGAACAGCCUGAAGGAUGCCAAUUCGCAGUAUGUCUUUGGUAUGCUGUACAAUGACAUGAAGCCUGAGUAUUGGUUCUACGAGAUCACUUUCUUCUUCAAGAGAUUUCUGUUCAUGACUGCGACGGCCAUUCCAGAUGAAGUUCUCAGGAUCUUGGUCUUCGCGUGGGUAGCCUUCCUGCAUCUGCAAAGUCUGGUCUUGAUGAAGCCCUUUAGCACUUUAGAAGGCAACAUCUUGCAGAAGCUGGAGACCUGUUUCAUCUUCAGCGCCUCGGUGUCAUCAGCUCCAUUUUGUGGCUCAAGUAAGACGCCCUUCGCGCGUUCUUCGCGGUGUGGGGCCCCCGCGCAGCGUCCGAGUCGUUACAAGAUGCCGCAGAAUGAAUACAUCAAGGAAUCGAUCAAACGCUUUGGCCGGCGCUUUGAUCAUGAGGAGCGCAUGCGAAAGAAGAAGGCCCGCGAGCCCAAGAAGAUCUCCAAGACUGCCCGGAAGCUGCGAGGUAUCAAAGCGAAACUCUUCACCAAGAAGAGGUACACUGAAAAGGCAACGAUGAAGAAGACCAUCAAGGCGCAUCAAGAGAAAGACGCCAAGGCCAAGGACGCAGAGGAAGUGAAGCCGGGCGCGGUCCCUGCGUAUCUCUUGGAUCGAGAACAGGUGAGAAGAACCAAGGUUCUCUCAAACAUGAUCAAGCAGAAACGCAAGGAGAAAGCCGGGAAGUGGCAGGUGCCCAUCCCAAAGGUGAAAGCCAUGACCGAGGAUGAGAUGUUCAAGAUCCUCCGUAGCGGCAAACGAAAAAAGAAGGCAUGGAAACGAAUCGUGAACAAGGUCUCUUUUGUCGGAGAUAACUUCACACGAAAGCCGCCGAAAUUUGAAAGAUAUAUCCGACCUUCGGCUUUGAGGUUCAAGAAAGCACACGUCACUCACCCUGAGCUGAAGAUGACCUUUUGCUUGGAGAUUGUCAGCGUCAAGAAGAACCCGCAGUCCGCGUUAUACACCAACCUGGGCGUCAUUACCAAAGGUACGAUCAUCGAGGUGAACGUGUCGGAGUUGGGUUUGGUGACGCAGACGGGGAAGGUGAUCUUUGCCAAGUACGCGCAGGUCACCAACAACCCCGAUAUUGAUGGCUGCAUCAAUGCGUUGCUCCUGGUGUAAAUAGUUGUCACCCCUGCACAAGUUGGGUGAAGGGUCGUGGCAAGUUGAACAUCCGUCUCACCGGCGCAGAUGGACUGGAAGAUGAUUUGUUAAUUAUUUG